AUGCAAACUGCUAGUUUUGUUCUAUUUUUUAUUUUGAUUCAAGGCAAGUUAUACAAUUUUAAUUGAACAAAUUAUUUGUUUUCAAUUAAAGGGUUGGUGCUUUCCUGGUGAAAAAAACGUCUGCAAAAAGGCGUCACAGUGUUGUGUUCAAAGUUGUGUGCAAACACACACACGAAAAUUCAAAAACAAGUUGUGCGCUAGAGCGCAUUUACAUGCUUUAUUUCGUAGGUUUUAACUUGUUUGUGAUUUUGAGGAAAAACAUGGGCUGAAUUGAUACUAGAAUUUUUCUAAAACUGGAACCUUCCAGGAGCACCUUAUUCCUAUCUAAACCAAGCAAGAUUCCCUGGCGGAGCACCAACCCUUUAAGGAAAUAUUUUGUAGGAUCUGUUAGUCUUACAUGGUUGGCUCUUCAACAACAUCCAAAAGUAAUCAAAAACGAAGACUUUUUCCCGGAAUCAGAAGAAGCCCCAGAUGAUGGAAUUGUUGGACAUCUUGGAAUGAUUGGAACUCAAACUGUGAGCUUUUUUGAAAAAAAAAACAAAGUUUCAAAGAGAUUUUCAGAUUUACCCACGUCAAUGGGAAGAUGAAUUAUCAACAACAACAACAAAGCCGAGUACGAUUGAAGAUGAAGAUGGAAAAGUCAUAAAAAUCAAAGAAUCACCGUUAAUUGCUAGAUUAUUAGCUAGUUCAAGACGGAACUAA